ACUGUUGCCGAUAAGAAACAUAUACAAUCACUUUUCCAUCUUCAUCGGAAAAUAAAGUAGGCAGGGAACUGAUAUAUUUUGUAUAACUUUCUAAAAACAAAAGAAGAGAAGAAAGGAAUUUAAAACGAAAUGCAACGAAACGCAUUAGCAGAAUUAGAAAAAUGUCGAACCAGCGGCGAUGGAAUGGAACAAGAGGAGGAUAUGGCGGCUAAAGAGCUACUUCAAAAGUUGACGCAGUCUUUUAAUGACGGAGAGAAGGUAGAAGAAAAUCCCAUUGGCAAUCAAACAAUGUCCCGUGUUAUCAAUCAAUGUGGACGUUCGAACAUUCCUCAGCGUAGCUUAUCAAUGGAUAGUUCCUCAACUAUUGAACGAAUAAAAAAACGCAAAACUUCCACUUCCAAUCUUACAAAUGGAUCUUCUACUAAAACGCAAUACAGCUUACCUUUGCCGGGUCUUCAUUCUUUAUACCGUCGACAAGAAGGUGCAAAACGUAGUCUGGCCCCAAUGGAGCCAAAAGGAGAAUUAAUAAAAUUAAAACCCCGGUUAGUAACACCUGCAAGCAGUUUGCCAGAACACAAAAAAACCAAACCACCAAAAUUCGUACCGUAUGAACCAUAUCCAGGCGCGAUAAAUCCACUCGUGCCAGAAAAAGCCAAUAAUUCCGAUUCUCGAAAAAUGAUAAAAAGAAAUAAAAAUAAUUUGGAUAUUCAUGUCUUGGUGUCGCAAAUGUCCACAAUUAGAACACACGAAUUGCAAGAAUCGCAAGUUACCGUCCCCGUAGCAGAGAGUACUAAGGACUUAAGUGAAUUGGAAAAUCUUAAAGCUAUGCUGAAGAAAACAAGUGAAGAACGCGAUUACUAUCAAGGACAAUUUAAAUUUCAAACACAAGUUAACGCUGAACUUAAAAAUCUUUUAGUCGCAUCAGUAGGGGAAGACUUGCUGACGCGCGUCAAUGUAUUAACCGAAGAUAAAUUGCAGCUGGCCCGUGCUUUAUUAGACACGGCCAAUAAUUUAACCACUCAUACUGAGCAAAUUGAAUUUUUGGCCGGGCAGUGUGAAGUAUGGCGUUCAAAAUUCUUGGCUAGUAGCGUUAUGGUCGAAGAAUUGGCCCGUUGGAAGGCUGACUUGACACAAAAGAAUCAAAUGCUAACCGAAUCCACUAAACAAUUAUUGCAUGCCACACAUCAGUUACGCGAUAUGCAAUUAGAAAUAUUAAAGAAUUUAAAAUUUCUUGCUAAAAUACGUUAUCUCAAUUUACCGGCCAGUGAUGUGAUCACGUUAAGUGCCGAAAAUCUUAAUAUUCUCCAACAAAUGGUAUUACACACAGGAGUAGGAAUGCCAGAUGGUAACUUAAAUAUAUCGACAGUUUCUACAAGUCCACUAUGUGAGGCGGAGAAAUACGCUAUACAAUCACUUGACUUUAUCAGCCAACCUUUAAUGGCUACAGAUGAAGCCAUUAAAGCUUUAUUUGGACAAACGCAGAGGCCAUUUAAUACACCAGCAAAGUGUUCAUUAGAAAAAGAUGAAACUUCAACAGGAACCCAAAGCAAAUAGGGAAUGUUAACUCUUACUUAAAAAAACAACAUUUUAAUAUAUGAUUGAUCACUUUUUUUAUAUAAAGAUAAAUUUCCAUUUA